AGCCACGGUGCAAAGACAUGGAUGAAGGGAUCAACUUUUGAAGCUUUUUUCCUCCCCAGAUUCGCCAGAGCUACAUAAAGGUGAACUGCAGACAUGUCUAGUGAGAAGGGACGUGUGGAAAUUCCCAUGGUUAUGUAUGAACCUCACCAGGAAUUCUACAGGCAAGAACCCUCUGCUCCACAGUUCAGCAGCCAGGAGGGGGGUUAUGAGUAUCCUUCUCCCCCACCUUACUCCUACCGAGAAACAACCACCAUUGAGCAACCAGUUUACUUGGUGUCUCAGCCCCCGAUCAUCGUAGCAGGGAUCUUCUCAAGCAAACCAACAUCCACAAUAUGUCCUUCCUGCCGCCAGCACAUCACCACCCAGGUCACCUACAGACUGGGCAAGCUGUCCUACCUCCUGUGCACCAGCCUGUGCAUGGUUGGGUGCUGUUUUGGAUGCUGCUUCGUCCCUUUCUUUGUGAAGAUCUUCAAGGACGCAGACCAUUACUGCCCAUACUGCCAAUUUCACAUUUAUAGAUACAAAAGACUAUAGAAAAAAAGUUGAUGCAACCAGAUGACAUCAAGUGUCCAUUUCCUAAUGGCACAAGAUUCUGCUCAUAAAACUACUGCUACAAAACAUACAGGGGAAUGCUUAGGUUCUGCAGCUCCCCUGAUGGUGAAUCCACCUGGUAAACUCCAGUUUACCAUCACAUGGUUGGACUGACUUUAAAACAAAAAGCCUUGAAGACUAAUUUACAGUGUCACUUGAACUUAUGCUCUAUUCGAUUUGCUGCCCUGAGCUGUGAAGUUACCAGCUAGUGAGUACUUCAGCACUACUGCUCCUCCUCUCAAAUCUCCCACCCAGCUGGACACAGACUCCUCUGGACCUUCCAAGCCCCCAGUACCCAAGAGGUUUGGACAUGCACCUUCUAGAG